ACGUGUAUAUAUAGCCUUCUCUUCACUUGUAUGUUCCAUGAUUGGAGUACUAAAAGAUCUCUUUCUUCUUAAGGUUUGAACUUCUUCUUCCCAACAAAUAUUCAAAUCCUUAAUUCUACCAUAUCCAUGGACCUUUGAAGCAUAACAAUUAUCUGAUUUGAAAUAUAUAUGUAUUGUUCUCAAUCUGUUUCCAAAAUCGUCAUGAAAGCUGAACUUCGAUCAAACCCCAAUUCAAUUUCCUUAUCGAAUCCAACCCUUUUUAACUCGCACCAAAACCCACUCUCAGGUGCUCUAAAAGGCUGCCUAGGCAAUCUAGAUGGAGCCUGUAUCGAAAAGCUUCUCUUACACUGUGCAAACGCUCUUGAAAACAGCGACAUCAAUUCUGCUCAACAAGUCAUGUGGGUCCUCAACAACGUUGUUUCAUCCUCUGGAGACCCUAACCAAAGGCUUGCAUCAUGGUUCUUAAGGGCACUCAUCUCUAGGGCUUCUAGGGUUUGCCCUACACCGAUGAAUUUCAAUGGUGGAAGGAGUGCCUUUCAGAGGAGGCUAAUGAGUGUGACUGAGUUGGCAGGGUAUGUUGAUCUCAUCCCUUGGCACAGGUUUGGAUUUUGUGCAUCAAAUAGUGCCAUUUUUAAGGCUAUCCAAGGUUGUCCUAAAGUUCAUAUUUUGGACUUUAGUAUUACUCAUUGUAUGCAAUGGCCAACCCUAAUCGAUGCGUUAGCUAAGAGGCCUGAAGGGCCUCCUAGCUUACGCAUAUCAGUCCCUUCAUGGAGGCCACUAGUGCCCCCAUUUCUUAAUGUACUAACCGAAGAAGUAGGGAUACGUUUAACAAAUUUUGCCAACUUUAGAAACGUUCCAUUUGAAUUCAACGUGAUCGAUGUUUCACCUUCCAUAGAAGAAUCUUCUUUGAACUUUAACUAUGAAUUUCUUUUAACCCAAGAAAAUCUUGUACAAAAUGAUGAGGCGUUAGUGAUUAAUUGCCAAAAUUGGCUACGCUAUAUGCCCGAUAUAGCUUCUUCAAAAGAUUCAUUCCUUGAGAUAGUGAAAACAUUGAACCCUCGUAUCAUAACAAUCGUAGAUGAAGACUCCGAUCUAGGAUCAUCAAGUUUAGCAUCAAGAAUUACCACAUGCUUUAAUUUCUUGUGGAUCCCAUUUGAUGCAUUGGAAACUUUCUUGCCAAAAGAUAGUUUCCAAAGAAUGGAGUAUGAAGCCGAUAUUGGCCAUAAAAUUGAAAAUAUUAUUGGCUUUGAAGGUAGACAAAGGAUAGAAAGACUUGAAUCAGGAGCCAAAUUUUCACAAAGAAUGCGGAAUUUAGGGUUUUUCAGUGUACCAUUUGGUGAAGAUUCGAUUAAUGAAGUGAAAUUCUUGCUAGAUGAACAUGCUAGUGGUUGGGGAAUGAAGACCGAAGAAGACAUGAUUGUGCUCACAUGGAAGGGUCAUAACUCAGUCUAUGCCACUGCAUGGUUCCCUUAUAAGUUUGAUAAUUAAUUAAGGGAUCAUGCAGAUGCAAAAAUCAACAUUAGAUCCCAUAAAAACCCCGCAUUAAUUUAAGCAUCGAAUGGUGUUCUUGAAUUAAGAAGUCAACAGUGGAACUCGAGGGGUGAUGGUGAAAUGUACAGAGGUAGCUUCGUUAAUCCUAUAGGGAGAUAGGGUGGAGAAGAAAGUGACAAAGCUGGUGUCUUUUUUUAAUAAAAAGAAAGCUUCAAGGCUUAAAAAUGAGUAGAAGCACAUCGAAAUUAUUCGUUGUUUUCUCAUGUUUGUAAUUUUUUGCUUAAAGAAGUUUGGAGUCAAGUAUAUUUUGACAUGCUUUACGACUUGUUUCUCUUAAUUAAUAUACUCCUUUAUUUUAAUAUUUUUGUCUUUAAUUCGAAAUAAUUUGUACAC